UACGAAUCUGAAGACAGAAACGUGAUCGUUUGGUUGCUGAUCAUUUGGUUGCUGUUUUUUCGGGCAGAAAUGGCCACCAGCGCUAAAAGGCCGUCGCUCGGAGCCGUGGCUCCUCGUAAGAAAACCAGUCCUAAACCAGAACUGACGGAGGAACUGAGGCAGGAGAUACGAGAAGCUUUCGAACUGUUCGACACAGACGGUUCAGGAUACAUCGAAGUCAAGGAGCUCAAGGUCGCCAUGAGAGCGCUCGGGUUCGAGCCCAAAAAGGAGGAGAUCAAGAAAACGAUCGCAGAGGUGGAUAAAGACGGCACCGGCAAGAUUUCCUUCGAUGACUUUCUUACAAUCAUGAGUCAAAAGAUGGCUGAGAAAGAUUCCAAAGAAGAAAUCCUGAAAGCUUUCCGACUGUUUGAUGAUGACGAAACCGGCAAGAUUUCAUUCCGCAACCUGAAACGAGUGGCCAAAGAGCUGGGGGAGAACCUCACCGACGAGGAGCUUCAGGAGAUGAUUGACGAGGCAGACCGGGACGGUGAUGGAGAAGUGAACCAGCAAGAGUUUCUCCGUAUAAUGAAGAAAACGUGUUUGUACUGAUUGGGUGGAAUGUGGCGUUAAAGAAAUACUUCAGUGUUCACAACUGAAUCUGUAGCAUAAAAGACAGAA